GCUGCUGCCGGCGCUUUGACGUCAGCAGCUAGGAGGGCGGGACUCAGGAGGGCGGGGCGGGAGCCUGCGCUGGGAGAAGGGAGCUUACGAGCAGGCGAGGUCUGCGUGAGGAGCAGGCGAGCGGGAAGGCAAGACGCAGCCACCUUCCUCACCAGCCAGCCCACAGCGGUUUGUUCCCUACCUCGGGAGUGCGCCAAUGCCUGGUCCGACCCAAACCCUGUCCCCAAAUGGCGAGAACAACAACGAUAUCAUCCAGGAUAACGGGACCAUCAUUCCUUUCCGGAAGCACACCGUGCGCGGGGAGCGUUCCUACAGUUGGGGAAUGGCGGUCAAUGUGUAUUCUACCUCGAUAACCCAAGAGACUAUGAGCAGACAUGACAUCAUCGCAUGGGUUAAUGACAUAGUAUCUUUAAACUACACAAAAGUGGAACAGCUUUGUUCAGGAGCGGCCUACUGCCAGUUCAUGGACAUGCUCUUUCCAGGCUGCAUUAGUUUGAAGAAAGUAAAAUUUCAAGCGAAGUUGGAGCAUGAGUAUAUUCACAACUUUAAACUUCUGCAAGCAUCGUUUAAGCGAAUGAAUGUUGAUAAGGUAAUUCCAGUGGAGAAGCUAGUGAAAGGGCGUUUCCAGGACAACCUGGAUUUCAUCCAGUGGUUUAAGAAGUUCUAUGAUGCUAACUACGAUGGGAAGGAGUAUGAUCCUGUCGAAGCACGACAAGGGCAAGAUGCAAUUCCUCCCCCUGACCCUGGCGAACAGAUCUUCAACCUGCCAAAAAAGUCUCACCAUGCAAACUCGCCCACAGCAGGUGCAGCUAAAUCAAGCCCAGCAGCUAAACCAGGAUCCACACCUUCUCGUCCCUCAUCAGCCAAAAGGGCUUCAUCCAGCGGUUCAGCAUCCAAAUCUGAUAAAGAUUUGGAAACACAGGUCAUACAGCUUAAUGAACAGGUACAUUCGUUAAAACUUGCUCUCGAGGGCGUGGAGAAGGAACGGGAUUUCUACUUCGGGAAGUUGAGAGAGAUCGAGCUGCUCUGCCAAGAGCAGGGGCAGGAGAACGAUGACCUCGUGCAGCGGCUCAUGGAAGUCCUCUAUGCCUCAGACGAGCACGAGGGCCACCCGGAAGAGCCGGAAGCCGAGGAGCAAGUGCACGAACAGCAGCCCCAGCAGCAAGAAGAGUACUGACCCGCCCUGGCAGCUCUUGACACUUCCGUUUUGCGUGGGAACUUUUCUUCUGGAGAAUCAGAACACGUGUGGCCUCAAGCUCAACAGAAACCAGUUGUUCCCAGUCUGCCGGUAACAUCAACGCACUGUCGCAUACAUACGCCAGCCACUGCACUCGGUCCCAUUUCCUUUGCCAAGACACUUAGCAGUUGGCCUUUUGGUGGCCUACCUGAGAGAUCAUGGGGUCACAUACCUUCAACUUCACCACUUGGCUGCGUGAAAUUGGUUCUGCUCUUCUCGUUUCUUUCCAGAGCAACUCUCCCCACCCCACUACCACCACCAACACCCCCUUUUUAAUCCUGGUGUGAAACAAUGGUAAUUUGAUAUAUGGUAUUUAUAUUGGCAUUUCUCAACCCAGUGUCACUAGAUGUCACAUACAUUUGUGGUGCUUUGAUGUUUGCAAGUCUAACCUUUUGAACAUAAAUUUGGUAAAAUAAUAAAUUGGAACAAAGGGAAAGAGAUACUUGAUAUGAAAGCCAUAAUGACAGUGACUUGUUGUAUAGGGGAAAACACAGAGUCAGUUUCUGCCUCUGCUCACAACGUAAAGGGAAAAAGAGAGUGGCAUCAGAACUAGGGCGCCAGGGCCCGGCAGUGUGCACACAUCAGCAUGUCAGACAGCCACACAGCGUGUCGUUGGUGUUUUCCUUGAGUGAACGUCUUCAGAAACUAUCUCGACUCGGCCCUCUAACUGCUUGUCCCCCCCACCCGCACCCAGGUUCUCAUGCUGUUUUCUUUCUCAGGGUCCUCCUUGGUGGGCAGCCCCUCUCCCCAAGAAGCUGUCAUCAGUUGCCUGCAGUCCAGAGGGGUCUGCGUAGGUCCAGGUCCCCUGCCUCCAGGGUGGGUUUCUGCGCCAGUCCCGCCACCACUCUGGGCAGCUCCACCUGGAACGACUGCAGGGGCGCAGCGAGGGGUGGGGCCCGCAGUGAGCCGCACGCCUGCUGGGAGGGACGGCCUGAUGGGCAGGAGGCUAAUUCCAAGGAGGCAUUGUGGUCCUGAGGUCUAGUGUUGACACUGGAAUGACAGCACAGAAUAUUCUAUGACCCUGAGUACCUUCUGGAAUAAAGCAUUUCCCCUCCUCAGUACGGCAGCCCUCCAUGUCAUCGACCUUUGCUAAGCCGUGGCAGUUCAUAAACCAAGGAUACAUGGAUGGAUUAAAAGCAUUCCUUUUUUUUUCUUAAAUGAGAUUUGCACAUUUGCUUAGUAUCUUUCCAAAUCUUUCCCUCUUUAUUCUUUUUCCCCCCUGUGACAGAUGGUAUCCCUUCCCGGAGCAUUCACUUCACUUGGUGUCUAACUUUAGAUUCACCUUCCACUUGUUAUUUGACUCAGCAGGUGCAACAAAAACAAAGAAGUGUGCCCACCCCACUUUCCUCUCACCUGAAAAGCUUAAAAUAAAUUUCUGAAUUAUGUAUCAUAAAGCUUUGACAUUUCUUUAUUAAUUGAUGAAAUACUAAAUCUAAACCCUCACACUGAAGCUUUCCACCAAAAGAAGUCUUCUCAAAAUAAAUCUUUUGCAACAAAGUGGUAUUUAUUGAGUUACAUGUGAAAAAGAUGACUCGUGAUUACAACACACUGGGCAGGACUGGACAGCUCUUCCGUGGAGUGUGGUUUCCCUUCCCUCUCUCUCCUGCUCGCUCUGUGCUGCGGCGGCAGCUCCCUUCUCGUGGGCUGGAAAGCCCACUCUCAGCAGUGACCUCCCGGCCCCUGGUUGCAGGUGGCGGUUGGGCUCUACGCAGCAUCCUGCUGAGUGGUAUAUUCCCCCAAACCUCUUGCACUCACUGAGUUUCCAUGUUUUAAAUCGCUUUUAUAAAGAGGCGCCAUGAAGAUUAUAGGUCAGUGGUUUCUACUCAGUUUCGUGCCUGCCCCAGCCGGCUGAGGAAAACCCAGUGCUGGGUGCUCGUGUUUACGAUACAGUUACAUAAGCCUCACCGCACCACUGACACCCACUCCGCUCUCCCUAAAUCCCCAGCCUCCUCAGCUGUAAACACACUGGCCAGAUAGUUCGAAAAGAUAACGUCCCCCAGUCGUCAUACUUCAUUCCCCUGCCCAGGUCUUGGAGCAUGCUAUUCGUUCGAUUAGAAAAGAGCUAUAGAUGCCGCUCUCUGUCCGAGUCUGAAACACCUGCCACUGUGUUGCUUCACACGGGACCGCACUGAGACCUCGGGAGACAUGUACCAGCACCCCAGCUCCUGUGCAGGCCGCGUCUCACUUGCCAGACCUGCCCCUUUCUCCCCAGUGGCGGUACCCCAUUACCCCCCCACCUCAGCAUCUGGGGCUCGCCUUCCUCCACGGCCGGUCAUGCAUCACCAUGCUGGGCGAUGGGCGACCCGUGGUGUGUGCCCUGCCCCUCCCUCUCAGAAGCCGACUUCACUCUUAGCGUCCCCUCACACCUGCUGUGGCGGGCACAGCGCCCACCACUCGUGUCAGAUAGGAAGUGAUGGGAGCAGGGGCAGAGGGAGCCUGUCUUCUAAGCAGAAAAGCAGGAAAAGACAAACAUCCUGUUGACCUGAGAGAAGUAAACUCCAGGAGGGAACCGAGAAUAACUCCCUUCCCUGGUGAGUAUCUAUCUCCAUUAUUCCGUUAAGGUUUAAUAUGCAUUCAAAUUACUUUUACUAAAUAGUACACCAUAAAGCUUUUGUUAUAUAUUACUUGUAAACUGAAAGGAAUGUAAACAUAUGUAUUGUUAAUUAUAAAUAUAGAUAAGUAAUGACAUAGAUGAAAAGGUCUUAUUCAGAUGUAUCACAUUCAUUUUACAUUACCCACCAAUUGUCGCAUGAUAGAAUAGCUUUUUGUCUCUGAAUAUGUGAAUAACUUGACUUGCGGUUAUCUUUUUACAUAUUUAAUAAAAAAAAAGUAUAUGUUAAAA